ACGACAAUUUAAACUAUUUUAAGGAUGUAGGUAUCAAAAUUAGAUUAACGUACAUUAUAGAGAUUUUAGAAUGAGUUUUAAAUGUUUUUGAAUGUAUUUUCUGUUAAUUGGAAACAGGAACAGCAAUUUAUGAAAUGACACGAUCUUCACACGUAUAAAACUUAAAUAUUGGCAUGUUGGCAGAGUUUAUUUACUUUAUCGAAAUGAUUGGCGUGCAAGUGCAUAUCAGUGGCUAACUUCUAAUAACAACUUACUUAAUUUUGGAAAGAGUACUUAUUUAAUAAGGGAAGAUUGAAGAAAACCAUGGCCACGACAGACGAAAGAACAAUUUAUGCCAAGCUUGAAGUAUUGAAAGAUGUCAGGAACAAGACGCUGCAGCUGGACAAGAUGAAGUCGAGGAUCGUGCAGGAGGUGGAGACCACGGAGCAGGAGGAGAAGUGCCUGACGGAGUACCGGCAGGAGAUGGACCUGCUGAUGCAGGAGAAGAUGGCUCAUGUCGAGGAACUCAGGCAGAUUCAUGCCGACAUCAAUGCUAUGGAGACGGUGAUCAAGCAGGCGGAGGAGGCGCGCAACCGGGCGCUGGACACGGCCAAGCGCGUCCACGAGGAGUACCGGCCGCUGAAGAUGGACGUGGACCGCCUGAGACGCGACUACCUGGGGCUGGACCGGCUGCCCGACCUGCACGAGGAGGAGCGGGACCUCAUCACUCCCGACUACUUCGAGAAGCACUUGAAGACGGAGUGGCGGCCGGACUUGCGGGAGGACCCGCUCAUGUCGAGCCUGGCGCUGGCUCACCAGGGCUCGUCCAACACGUUCCUGGCCCCGCCGCAGCCGCCCAUCCCGCUGGUCAGCAGCAAGGCGGAGAGCAGGCCCCUGCCGCCCGCCCCGGGCCCCGCCCCCACCUUCAGGCAGCAGCCGCCGCCCAUGAAGUCCUGCCUGUCGUGCCACCAGCAGAUCCACCGCAACGCCCCCAUCUGCCCGCUGUGCAAGGCAAAGUCCCGCAGCCGCAACCCCAAGAAGCCCAAGAAGAAGGACUGAUCCCGGGCCGCGCCUGCCAAGGCCGGCGGCCGCUGAACCUCUGCGUGUCUGUCUCGUCGAACCUUAUUUAUUCCCAGUCGUGACGCUCCGGCGCAGUGCAUACAAGCAAGACUGGUUUUUAUAUGUGUGUGAUCCUGCUGCGUGUUUAGUCGAGAGACAAUGCAGUGUCUUUAGCUCGAAGGCAGCUUGGGAUCGGUCCGUGUCGCUCAGUCGUAACGACGCACUGACUCGACUCUGCCUCGUGUUCACCUCGAACGACACGGAGAGACGCAGCUCUGACAAGAAGAGCUGGUCCAAGAGUUUCUCCCUGUAGCCCUCUCUUCGUACUGGCCAAUGAUAUGUGCCACUAGCUGUUGUAAUUACAAGUAGUACUUACGUGAGCCACUGAUGUUGCUCCAACUCUUUUUUGGGAAGGUGACACCAGCCAACUUUUACUGUUCAGUCUGUCAUUGGAGGCUGCACAGCACUUAGAUGGUCAACCCGUCAUCUCACUUUCGAGGCAUUUAUCCACUUCACACGAAUGCUUUGUUCUGCAACUCAGGGUUCUCUUGCACAAUGGCUUGUAAAUUAAUAAUACUGUUGUAAUAAUUUGUAAGUUGUAACUUGUGAAAUGUUGUUCCAUUGUAGUUAAAAAAAAAAUAAGCUAAUCAAAAAGUAUUUAAAUAGAAAAUAAAGUUUUUUUUUUCUCUUGAAUUUACAAGUUAAUGUUUCACAGUGACAUCUUUAAAAGGGAAGCUUUUAAAUUAUAAUAAAAGGUUAAAAACCUCACAUGUCAAUAGGCACUUGAAAAUUAGUGCUGUUAUUUUUUUAUAUUUUUUUUUACUGUAAAUGGUUAUAAUUUAGAGCCCUAUUUUACCUUCUUAAAAUAAUUAAGAUAAGUAACUUAACUUCACGAAAACUAAAAAUUUUUCAUAUGUAAUUUGAAGCUGUAUUUUUUACUACAAAUUACGACUACUUACAUCUCUGUCUGUUCUGUAAACAUAAAUUGUCUGGAAUGAUAAUAAAAAAAAAAGUUUAAUUACACUGAUUCGGGAAAUAGGCCAUGUAAGUUGGCAAAUUAUAUUUUAUUAGUAAUUUUGUCACUGAUGGCUCUUAACAGAUCCAACUUAAUUUUCUUUAUUACUGUGAAACCAGAAUGCCUUAAUUUCCUCUGCUUAUUUUGUUUUCUCAUACUUAAAACCAACAUACCCUCUUUUAUUGCAUAAUCGUUGCACCCAUAUUUUAGGCUGUCAAAAUUGGGAUAAAAAAAAUUCUCGCGUAAACUCGCAUGUUUUUGGUCCCGCUAGUAGAUGCCGAGUGCUUUGUGUAGGUAUCUUUUCCGUAUAAAACUAUGUACAGUAGAACCCUGUUAUAAUGUUUUUCAAGGGAGCACAAGAAAAAAACAUUAUAAGCAGGAAAACGUUAUAAGCAGGAAAUCUCAAUUUAGCACUUAACAAUGUUCGAGCUUUGUACCAAUGGACUCACCAAGCUAUGUAAACAACUUUAAUGUUAAAACCAAAGAUAGUAUACUUGAUACAUGAAUUUUCUGAAACAAUCCAACAAUUUUUCAACUUCGUCUUGUUCCCUUGUUAAAUUUUGUUUGUCUUUAAAGAUACACUGCCACAUUUUUUGUAAAAUUGUCUCACGAUUCAUGAUGACAAAAUUAAGAGUGAGAACGUCUACUCCUUCGCCACCUGAAAAAAUUUAAUUUUGGGAUUCCUACGUAUGAAUAAAAAAAAUAUAUUUGUAAGCAAUAGAAAACACUUUUAGUUAUGCCCUCGCUCAGUGGUUGGUAACUUAAAUAUCGUAGGACUAUGUAUGUGCAUCUGAAUACCCAUUGGAAUGGCAAGGAAGGAAUGCCAACUGACACGUAACUAUGAACAUUGUGUACCUUCAGUAUAUUGCAUAAAAUUGUACUCUAACAAACUUCAUGUAUUGUAUGGCAGUGAUUGUAAACAUAAACAUACAUAAAGGAAACUUUUUAUCGUAAGUGUUGGAAUAAUUUGGUUUUAAAACAUUUUUUCCCCAUUUAUUGAAUGUUAGAAAGCAAGCAUUAUAAGCAGGAAAUUACAUUUUAUGCAGGAACAUUAUAACAGGGUUCUACUGUAGUAUUUUUAAGUAUAAAUAUAAUAUUUAUUCGGUCAUUACCACUUACUUAAUUAACGGAAAAAUACAAAGUAGUCCGACGUGUAAAUUUUAUUUUAAAGACUUUUUAAACGUUAUUUCCUUUAUCUGAUUGUCUGUGUUACCGCGGCGUACCGCUUAUAAAAAUGUAACCAGCGCAUCAUUCAUGUUUGGUUGGUUAUGUUGCUUCCCGUAUAUAGCGCGCGCACGUAGUCGAAUAUCGAUAUCUCGCAGAUUGGAUGCAACGCGCGCAUUCUGUCAGGUGCCGAGUUAACUACAUUUGAUAGCCCGCAUUCUUUCGUGGCAAGUGUGUACUACGACACGUUAGUUCACGUCAGAUUCAAAUGGCUUGCGUUCGCGUUAGAGUUUUGGUUUUUCUAUUUAAAGUUGAAGAAAGGUUUUUGUUUAAUGAUUUAUUAAUAUACAUAGAUUGUUUGGCGUGCUCUUGUAUACUCCACCUUUUUUUAAAUAAACGUACUUUCCAUGAACGGGUUUUGUUUUUAUGAAUAACUUUACCUAACAAAAAUUUUUUUUUCCGCAUAAUUAUCGCACUCCUACUUUUCAAACUUGAUUUUAAAAUAAAAUGUGCGACGAAUAUGCGAGAAAACACGGUAACCUGUCGUCUUGUAUUCAGUCAUCUGACUAAUAGUUUCACUUCUUUACCUGUAAAAUAAUGGUCCACAUUAGUCAUUUUCUUCAAUGAACUUGUAAAAUAUGAAUUGGUUUUACAAGUGUUGAUAGGUUUAUUUUAAAACUGAAAUUGUUAGUACCUUCUAGUAAUUUGUAACUUGUACAAUAAAUGCUCUUUAAUCCGGCACGCUUGGGACCAGGGCUGUGUCGGUUUGGCAAUUUUACUGGAAUAUGGACAUCAAUAUAUAUUUUAAUAUAUGUACAUCAGAUCAUUCAAAAUAAUGGAUACUCUGUAAUAUGAAUGUGCAUGUGAACCGUUGGCCUAAUAGCAUUUAUGUAAUCUUCCACUGUUAAAAUAAUUAUUAUGAUCAUUUAGUGGUUUCUUUCAGAAAUAUAAACUGUAUGUAAGUGAAACAUUGAUUUAUUUAAAUACAGUACUUCCUCAGACUAAAUCAGUACGUUAAAAGGAAAUCUACAAUAUUUGUCAUUAUUAGGCCGGUGUGAAUACUCAAAAUUUCGAAUAUCAAAACGAAUAUCAGUCGUUUACAAGUAUGACUCUAAGCCUGACUCGAAAGCCUGCAAAAAUUUUGGAAUCAUAGAAGAUGUUUCUCGUCAGGCAGUGACAAAAUUUCCACAGGAUUUUCGUAAUGUUUUAGGGUUAUUUAUUUGGAGUUUUUUUUGCUGCAUCUGGCCACGUAAAUUCUGAUAAGACUACCUAAUAUAGUACAGCCGAAUUUAACACUAUCUGACCCAAUACUAACACCCAGUUAUCAGCUUAAGUAUUUUACUGAGUGAGUCUGGCAAAUCGAUAAAAAUAGAUUAGAACCGACAGCAUACUGAUAAGGAUAAAUACUGUCCCUAGUAAUCAAAACACUGGGCUGGUGUUAAAGUUGACAGUUUUCAGAUCAGAGGGUACAAACACAGCAUGCCAGCUCUGUGUUGUGUUUAGUUCAGAAUGGGUUGGCAAGGAGAAAAAAACUUGUAUAGAUCUCGUGGAAAACUUCUGGCCGCAUAUUCACAGCAAAGACUCCUAAAACCUAACAACCUACGACAAUGUUUCUCUGGUAGAUAAUACACAGUGAACGACCGGAUACAGGCCCACACAUGCUCCUAGCGUAGUGACAGCUCAGGCAAUUAUCUUUUUCCUCAUGACAAAAAAAAAGUCACUAUGAAGCGCACAUUGGAGAGGUACAUUCUGAGUAACUACCUACUCUGUUCCUCCACUUUAGUUAAAACAAGCCAUGUAAUGAAACCCAUAUGUUAAUAUAAAUACAUAAUUAUUUAUUUUCACAUACUGAAAAAUUAAAACAAACAAGUUUUAAAUUUUUUUUAAACCUUCAUAUUUAACUAUAGAUUAAAACUACUUACUGUACACUAUUUUUAAACCCACCUUCUUGAAGUUUCUUCACCUACACUGCAAUUGCCUUACAAAUUCACUUUGUACUGUGUAUUAAAAAAAAAUUGCUGAUCCUAUUUUGAUUACCAUGAAAAAUAAUUAUUUAUGUUUUCCUUUCAAAAUUUUAAUAUUUCAACAAAUUUUUGCCUAUGUAAUUGUAAUUUUUUUACCUAACCAACCUUUCAAUUAGUAUUAUUUUUCUAAUUUCACAGAAGCCACUACACUACACAUUUACUUUUUCUUUCAGUAUGUGUGAAAAACAAUUUUUAGUGUGAUUCUAAUUCUUAAUAUUCAAAUUCAAUAUUUGUAUUCAAUACAAACUAAAAAAAAACUGAUAUUCACACAUCACCUAAGGAAGCAUGAACUGGACAAAAGAAAGUGGCCAGCGCAAAGUCCAUUUCCAGUAGUCUGUUAUAAGAAAAAAAGUCAUCAUUAUAUUGUUACAAUUAUAAUUUAUUUUUCUAGCCUCAUGUCUUUCGAACAAUAAGAGCAUUUUCAAUGAAUUUUUGUUGCUAAAUUUUUUUAGUAAGUAAAUAUCUCCCGAAUAAAACCAUAAAGUGGCAUGUAUGACCUUUAAUUAAGAUUAAAGGGGGGGGAAAAUGUAAAGUAAUAGAGCCUAGCUGUCAGCAGGCGGCCAGUUGGAAGAACAUUUUCAGUGGCUUGUUGUAAGGAUAUUAGAAGUUUUACUCUCAAAACAUUUAGGUAAUAGUAUUGUUAGUGACUAGUCUUCCAAACUUAUUUUUACAUCAUUGUCAUUUCAGACAUAUAGUAAAGCAUUAUUUUUAACAAGUGCUGGAGCAAAUUUUAUGUCUCAUGGCUUUUCUCAAUAAAGAUCAAAAAUAUUUUAUGAUGAAAAAAAAUUUUUAGCAGUAGAUAAAAAAAAACCACUUCAGAAGAGCAAAUAAAAACUUUGACACGUGUAAAAAAUUAAACAUGAACUAAGCUGUGCCCAACCAAUUUUUGGUUGCGGCCACAUUUUGUGCAUGUCUCACGUGGUUUCCUACGUCACGUGUAGCCGACAUGCGGGAUUAGAGGGAUGUGUGAGAUCAGCUAUACGAGGCUGCCAACAGCCAAGUCAUCUGUUCUACUUGGAGAAUAGAUGGUAGUGUGUAGAACAAGAAGCCAUAAUGCUGUAAUGUUACACUUUAAGGCUGCGGCACAAGUUAUGUUGAGUCAUUCUAAACCACCGAUGCAGUGCUUAAAUUCAGCAAGUUUUCAGUGCAAUUUUUUUUUUUUUAACGUACUGGGACGUAGAUUUUAAGGACACCGACAAUUCAAUCUCUACAAUUAAUCAUCGUUAAUCAUCAUUAACUAGCAAGAAUAUAUUUCAUCAAUUUUUAUAUAUUUCUACCAUUUAUGAUGGGUUUUCAAACAGUUGAAUAUCCCCAAAAAAAAUUUUAAUGCGGCCAGCUUGAUUGGUGUUGGAUAACAGAAUAUGUCGAACCAAAGAAUUCUGUGUUAAAGAGUAUCCACUGUACUUGUAUUGUUGUAUUUUUAAAAUUGUAAUUUGUAACUUGUAAUUACCUAAUAAUAGUAAUUUAUUCAGGGUGACGAUUUGUCGGGAAAUUCGGGAAAACCUGGAAUUACCCAGGAAUAUUUUGCCUCUGGAAAAAUACUGGAAAUACUCAGGAAUUUAUUCACCCCUCGGGAGAUUUGCUAUUCUUCCAUACUGUAAUUAUCGUCUAAUGUUAGUCGUUGAUUAUGUACAUCUGCAAUUGAUAUCGAUAUUGAAUAUAUAAUAAAUAGCAAUGGAUUGUGUUAUAAAUAUUUAUUUUUAGAAUAAGAGACGACAUGGGAGAGUCAGCAUCCACAGAAGAAAGCGUGUUCGGCAAUCCGGACGCCAUUCAUGUUUACGUGUAUGACUGUGACGCUCAGAGAAACGUUUACAGAACCUGAAGCCAGAGCGCAGCAGAAUUAAGAUUGUUUACCGUGCGUAAUUCCAAUUUUCUUAUAAUUAAAAAAAAAUUAAAUUUAAUAUUUUAUUCAUUGGAUAAUUUAUGGAUUCAGUUUAUUAAAUUUUCAUACGGUAUAUCUUUUAACUAAUUGUUGUUGGUUUUAUAACAGCUAAUACUUUUUUAGGUGUAAACUUUUAUCUUGUGAAUAGUUGGCAACACUUCAUCUAAUGUACCAAUAUCAUUGUAUCUGCAAUGUGCAUUUGCGCGGAAAGUAACGUAAUUCGGCAUUUUGUUAGGAUAUGUUUAUGUAGGCAGGCUUGCAAGUAAAUUUAAAUUUUAAGUAUAAUUUAGUAUUACAAAGAACGCAUAGACUUAGUAUAGAAAAUGAGUUCAAUAUUCGGGAAAACCUGGAAAUACCCAGGAAUUUUAUUCUAGGGUUGGAGUAGUCACCCUGUUAUUGCAAAACAGUACAGCUCCAUGAGAUUUAAAAUGUAAGAUUCUGGUCUCAAAAUUGUAACUUAGUCCAAAUAGUUUUAAAAAGUACAUAUUUCUGCUGUUUUAAUUUUUGUAAAUUUUCUGUAUAUUUUAUAUAUAAUUCAUUAAUGAAAUAUAUUUUUUUCCUAAGAGCUAUGUGUAAAAAAUAGCAUUUAAUAACUUCAAGAUCAUUUAUUACUUGAAGAAAAAAAUGCACUCAAAAAUCAUGUUUUCAUAUCAUCAGUAUUAAAAUAGAAAAUAAUGAAAGUUGUAGUGUUUGUUGCACAAUCAUAUAACCCAUAUUCAAGAUACAGUGAUGGGAAGAACAGCUAGUGACGUCACAGUGGCCGUCAGCCAGCCAGUGUUACUGCGGCGUACUCACUAGGUUGCCUGGUGCUGUGGAACAGUUAUUGUAAUUUAAACCAAGUACGAGGGGGACCCGAAAAUAACCAGAUCGUAAUGUUGUGCAUCAUGUUUUUGUAACACCAGUUUUCGUCACUAGGGAGCUGAUGAAAGACCUCUCCUGAGACAGUCUGCUAAGUGGCCUUGAGUGGACUCAUGACACACAACUGCCAGAGAAACCACUCUCGUCAUUUUCGGGUGACACUUGGCAGACUGACUCGGGAGAGUUUCCAAAAACUGGUGCUACAAGUACAUGAUGCGCAACAUUAUGAUCCUGUUAUUUUUUAGUCCCCCCUCGUAAGAAUAACAUAUCAGUGAUAGUAAAAGGAAUUUAAAUACUACCUGGUAAAAGGGUUAAGUUUUAUGCAAAUUGCUAGAAACAACCUUGCUUUCCCAGGCUGGAUUAUGAACGUAAACGCACUCUGGCGUACCUCGACACAGGCGUACUUGCUGUCUGGUCCGAACUACUCAUUUUCCGAUUACUGCUGUGUUUCCUUGUCCAAUAGUUGUGCAAGCAUUUACCCAAUGUGUAAACUGUGUGUAAUAAAAACAUACCACCGCAUCUUUAAUCUAGGUUCCGACGUUUGAAAGAAUGUAUUUUUCUCCUCCUGUCAUUCUUUAUUGCUAACAAACAACAGUUAACCAAGGAUUUGCAACAGUUUUGAAUGUAAUACUAGAGUAGCAAAAUAUUUAUAUAAUUGUACUUAUCCAUGUUUUAGCUUGUCUAAGAUAUGCAAAAUUUUAGCAUUCCCAACAAUGAAAUUUCUCUUCUAAGGUAUAUCACAUCAUUGUUGUCACUCCAGAAAGAUUUACAAAAUCGCAUAAUAUCCACGUAAUUAUCAAUUAAAUGCUUUAUAGUUGUUCGUCGUUAUGAUCUUGAGGAUUUUGAUACUUUUGAAAUAAAACUUUUAAAGAAACUUAGGCAUAAUGCCUUUAGGAAACUGAAGUUAGAUAUAUUACAGUUAGGAAACUGCUAUUAUAAAAAAAAAUUAUGUAUGGUACACCAGUUAGUGAUAUUUUAGACAAAAUGCUGUAAGGGAAAGUGGUGAUAGGCAAAAUGAAGUUAGACUAAAUACAGUUUUCGUACUCAAUCUCAGUUAGUUUGUGCAUUAUGAUUACAGUAAAACCUCUCUGAAACGACCCCUCACGGUUCCCGGGAAUAGGGUCUUAAUAGAACAGCGGGGCUGCAGAUGACGUCAGAGCGGAGUGUCUGGCUGUCUACAUUGUUCUUAUGGGAUCGAGACAACCUCUCUCUACUAACCUUGGGCGGCAGCGGCUUCAUGAGGCAUAAGCUCCCCCCUCCCUCCCCUCUUAACAUUCUUCAAGGCUAGCUCAUCCCUCCCAGACACACAAACCAUCUAGUGUCCUCCCUUAUAACACCCCAACUUCGCUCCCCUUUGAAAAACCUUCAUUGAGAAAAUGCUCAUUUCACCCUCCCUUCUCCCGUAAAAUUGGGCUAUUAUGAAUGGGGUACCUACUAAAUCGGUGAGGGAGAGGUAAGAUCUUUGUAAAUAUUUUCGGACCCCUCCCUCCUCUCCAAACAAAAAGUAUGUCAAAAUAUGUCACUUUUCACAUCAAGUUCGAGUUGAGUCAUCUCUGGCAAGGAAUUUACAAGCUUUCAAAAUUAAAUAUAAAUGUAUUUUAAUAGCAAGUGUCCUAUGAAAAGGAAUAUACCAAAUAAAAUCAAGCUGCUGUCACCAAACAAAGCAUAAAACGGCCCAAUGCGUGGUCGCUUCGUUAUUGCUCACGCAAGAGGCGAGACGUGGAAUGUUAGAAGAAAGAUAAAUGCGGGGGAGACAGACGGCAGCCAGUGUGUUUCCUGCGUGGGGAAAAAGUGGCGUAGCCUUUUUUUUUUUUUUUAUGCUGGGUCAAGCGACCUUUUUCUGUCAACCCAUGGGAAAAAAUAAUUGCUUGAGCUGUCAAAAUGAACAUCGCUGCGGCAGUUAAAACAAGUCGAGGCGGGCGUGCAUCCAGUCGGUCGCUGUGUAUAUCUACUCGAAAAACAUAACAUCUCAAUUCAUAACAAGAUUCCUUAUAACCUACACGUAUUGCAGGAUGUUUUCAGCCUGAUCCAUACAAGUUCUUUAGCCACGUUUUAAAUAAAAACAACUGGCUGGCUAGUGUUGUGCCCUGUUUUGCGGACAGUUUUAAUAUAUUUUUACUCUCGUUAAAACGAAGCAGAUAACGUGAUUCGUGGAAUGGGGGUUGUCAAGCGCUGACAGCGGUCGACAGGAAGUGGUAAAGUGGUAUCUAUUUUUACAUGCUUUAUAUUAGCUUCACCUGUAUGUUUGUCUGUCCGUCUGUAACUCUUUCGACUAAGUUUUCUUUUCUUGCAAAGCACAUACUUUUACCAGUUUCAAUUGUUCCUUCCUCUGUGCUAGCCUUUCAGCUUGCUUAACUAUUUUUACAUGUUACAUGUUACAUGCUUUAUAUUAGCUUCACCUGUAUGUUGUUUGUCUGUCCGUCUGUAACUCUUUCGACUAAGAGUGAGUGGCCCAUCACUGUAAAGUGUCCCACCAAUUUCAUUACGUUCGUUAGCCGAGUGAUCUAAGGCGCGCGAUUUCUGUGGAGUGUUGAUAAGUGACGUUUUCCUCCUAAAAACAAUUAUUAAAUGAAUGCAAAUGUAUAUAAGAAGGGUUGUAUAAUGUCUAUAAACUAUGGAAAAAGAGCACAAUGUGCUGGCGUUCCACUAUGUAAACCUAUGUAAAUAUCAAUGUACGCAAACAUCGCAAUAAAAAGCUUUUGAAUUUGAAUUUG